UGCGCCGGCAGCCGACGGAGAAGGACGGUUUGGGGCGUACCGGGACGCUGCGUUGUCGUUCGCACUGAAAAGGUUAAAUGGUAAUCUAAACCGACCAUGUACAACCUGAACGUGAACGUGAAUCCUAGUCCAACGGCUGCCGCGGGUCUUCUCGGUGUCGCGGCGGCCGAGGUCACACCAAGGACACCGGAAAUCGUAAACUCCCUAAUCGCCAUGACCAAUCCCUUCGAGGGUUACACGAACGAGAGAAGCAGGGACCGUACGGACUCGACUAGCAGCGGUGAGCCGAGCCCACCGAGUGUUCAGCACACCUGUAGUCAGCUCAUUAAAGAAGGACUGAAGUUGACGCUGCAGACGAAGAGGAGAGCCAACGGGACCGGGGACGACACGAAGAAGAAGACGAAGAAGGAAGACGGAAGCGCGGAUGACGAAGAGGAGGAAGAGGCGAGCAGCAACAACAGCCGCGGUGGAUUGACGCAAGAGGACGAGGAAAGGCGCCGAAGGAGACGCGAGAGGAACAAGAUAGCCGCUACCAAGUGUCGGUUGAAGAAGCGGGAAAAGACAGUGACCUUGGUGCAGGAGUCAGAGAUCCUCGAGACGCAGAACCACGACCUGAAGACGCAGAUCCAGGAGCUGGAGACGCAGAGGCGCAGGCUGGUAGACAUGCUCAGUCUCCAUGGACCGACCUGUCUGAAGCAAGGUGGCACGGAUACCUCGUACCAGCAGUUUGCAGAACCUUUGCAGCUGCCCAGUUACCAAGAGAACUUCGUGCAGCCACCACCGGCAUUGAACCAGCCUCAGAAUUGCGUGACAGAGUACCCGGUGAAGGUGGAGGAGUACGAAGGUGACUUUUAUCGACAAGAAAGUAACUUCGUGCCGACCUCAGACGCCGGUUGCACGGUUUAGUAGCUUUAUCGACGUCGUAACAACGCCUAACCGCGCCAUUUUGAGGAGUUAUUUCUCUGAAGAUUCGGUUUACCGAUUGGAAAAGAUGGAACGUGAUUCCGCUGAAGGUUCAACGUUGUCUGAUGGCGAGAGAACAGUUGCAUGCAUUCCAAGAAGACACAAGAAAGCGGGAACAUCUAUGUUGGCUGGUGGGAACGUCGUCCGGGAAACGAUCUGGGGAUUUUGAAUGAGUUUCUCAGACCAUUCUUCGUGAUCUGUCCCUUAACACUUCCGGUAAACCGAACCUCCUGGAUCUCCUUUCUCUGUUAAUCGCAAGUCUGUAGUUCAUAAGUUGAUUACUGUAAUAACAGCGCGCUCCUGUUUCUCCCUUUUACCCUGUUCUUUCUACUUCUUUCGUCUUCUUUUUUUUAACACGUCCCUUUAUACUCGAAACGUUCGCUGUAGAACGCUUGAAGACAUUCCUUGAAAGUAACCCUUUCUUGAAAGUAAGUAACCGAUUCCUUGAACAUAAGUACUGUGACAUUCUAAGGUAUAAUUAAUGUAAUCGAUAACUGUAAGGUAGAAACGGACCGCCUUUACGAUACCUGAUUUAUUGAUAUCGAUAUAUCGACGUAUCGAGUUUAAAACGUAGAAAGGAAUUGAGUUCUUGUAUUUAAUUUUUUACCGUAUCGUACCAAAUUUUUUUCUAAAAAAAAAUAUUUGGCCGUCAUUGAUAAUGACGAUGAAGCGCAAAAAUCGAGCGUCGCAAAGGUGUUACGUUGUUUUAAGUAAGAAUCGAGAAUGUCUUUUACAAAUGGCGGAUAGCGUCAGGUGCCGUUAUUUCUUUUUUUACGCGACCGCUUCUUCUCGAUUCGCCAGUGAGAGAAAAAGAGUAUAAUUUAUAACUCAACAUAUGAUAAGUCUUCUGAUAUUGAUCACGACUAUCUCACGUGCAUUGGGACGCGAUUUCGAAACGUGUUCCCAAAGGAUACUUAUAAUUAUACGAGUAAUCGAAAACGAUAUAUUUAAUUCUAUGAAAUGUGCAUAUUUUAUACAGAUUACGUAUGUUAUUAUAUUUACACUCGCAGAGACACGCACAUGUCAAACACGUACGCGUCAUUAACAGUUAACGAACACACGAUUACAUGACGAUUAAUGACAAUGGCCCAACGACAUACCUCAAUUCCGUGGGUAGUUACCCUCCCUUAGUGCGUUUGCGUGAAAAGUUUGUUAUUUUCUAACCUCCUUUCACAUUGUGACUCUGAUCGUGGUAUUGUUGAAAUUGUUUGAUAUACGAAGUAAUAGCGACAAGGAGAAAUGCCAAAGAACCAUCAGAAAUAUCGAUCAGAGAAUAUUUGUUUUUAUCGUAAGAAAGAUUAUUGGUAGAAAGAAAUUAGUAAACGCACUUUGGGCUACGCUUACGCGUUCUUGCAAUUUACGGAAGCUAGUUUAAUACUUAGCCGAACGCUAUGAUUAAUAGUGAAACGCUUUUUCGAGUCCACGGACUAAAAGAUGCUUUUCAUUCACUCGGAAUGUUACCGCCGGUUGAUCUAACGAAGGAGAAGAUUUUUCUUACACUUCGUGAAAUGGAAGUGAGACAAAGUCUUCCUCUUAUUCUUCUUUCACGAGAUUAAAAAAGCGUCCACGAACAUUAAAAAUGUU